CCCUCCCUCCGACGACGACGACGACGACUCAUUCCUCAGAAGAGCAGCAGCAAGAAGCCAGGAACGUGGGCGGGAGGGAGGAAAAGAGCGGAUGUGGGAGAUGAUGAGGUGCCUGGGUAGCUGAACGUCUUUAGGAAACCAGUGAUUCAGGACGGGCAGCUCGGCCUUCGCCUAGUUUAGGAACAUUAGAUCACCUGAGAAGCCACUGAAACACUGAACAGAACUCUUCUGAUGCAGAAGAAGAACAAUGAAGCCAGCAAAAGUGAGAAUUAAGGAUCAACCGCUAUAUUCCUCAUUUAAUGAAAAGAGGAAAAGUAAACAGGGCUAUGAACCUGGGCAUAUGCUUUUAUUGCCUUCAGCUCCAACAGAAUCUGUUGCACAGUACUCUUUAGCCCUUCCAUCAACAAAUAAAGAUAGAGUGCUAGAUGAAAUGGACGUGCUUAAGAAUAUCACUGUUCAUCUAAAUGAGCUUGUACAGACAAUGGAAGGUGUGUAUGCAAAUGAAGAAAUGAAAGAAGAAGAGGCAGCGGCAGCGGCGGCAGCAGCGGCAGGGGAACCUACAGUACCUAAGGAAGAACAUGAAGAUAUGACUACUUUCCUGAUAUGUUGUUCACAACUCAGUAACCAGUUAGAUUGUGCACUUCGUGAAGAAAAACAAAUAUUAGACUCAUUGCUUCAGUGGUUUGAAAAGGAGGUCCGUGAGAUGGAAGAGAUAGGCGAGGAAGAAAUGAUUCCAGAUUGGCAAAUUCCAGUAGCUGAUAAAAACAUAUCAAAUAACAUUACUAAAUUACGGAACCGCAUCCAAAAGCUUGAAGAUUUGAAAGGCCGUAUUCAAGAACUGCCCAAGCUUAUUCAGCUUUCUGCUCCUAAACAUGAAAAGAAAAAACCAUUAAGCCCUGUGGCUCCUGCUCCAAAAGACCCAAAACGUAUUAUUGAAGAACUUGCUAUGAAACAUGCAACUGAGGAUGUAAUGAAUAUGGUACAAGUUUUCCAAGAUGAUACAGGCCAACAAACAAUGGAAUCAAUGAAUAAUCGCAUGCUAGAAAUAAUGAAAGUGUUUGAAAGACAGACAAACAAGUUACACAGAGUUUCAAAUGAACAGGAUGUGCUGGAAGGUAAAUUACAGAAGAUUCAACAAGAAUUUCGAAAGCUUGCAGAAGAGAAGGAGAUAAUGGAGGAUGAACUUCAAAAGAUGAAAGGUUCAGAGCAGCAAGAAAAAGGAGUGCAAGAUACAAGGAAAAAAAUGUUAUCAAAACUGGAAAAAGAAAAAGCAAAAGUUGAAGAAAAACCACCUCAAGUAAUUGUAGAAAAACCAGCAAGACCAACUCCUAUUCCUUUAAAGCACAAAGAAGCUGAAAACCAAAAAAUGAAAGAAGACUUAGCUAAAGCUCAGGCAAAUAUUCAGACUCUUGAACAAGAGAAGAAAAUGCUUGAAGAGAAACUACAGAAAGCCUUAGAGGAAGCUGAGAUGGCUAAGGUUCAUCUUGCUGAAGUACCUCCAACUAUUCCAGAUUGGCAGUUCCCUUAUACAGAAAUUGAAGAUGAAAAAGAUGUGCAGAAGAAAGGCAAAAAAGGAACAAAACCUAAAGGAACAGAUGUACAAAAAUUGGCUGUCAGUGCACCUGAAACAGGAAAAGCAGGAGAAACAUUUCCAGCAAAAGAUGUGAAACAGAAGAAAAAGGGGUCAUUUAUAGACAUGGAUAAAGCACUGAGCGAAGGUCAGGAAAAAGAACCUGAAAAAAGGAUGGAAGAAUCACGGAAAACAAAAGCAGGGAAAUCAGAGGGAGCUGAUUCCAAAAGUGCGAAAACCAAAGAUUCUGCAGAAAUAAGAAAACGACGUCAAACAACAAAAGGUGCGGAGAAAAAAACAUAUGGCAGUCCUGUUUCAGAAUCCUCACCAUCGCCUCCAAUUGAAGAAAAGCAGUUGCCUGCUUUAACAAAAGUUGUGGAAGAAACUGUGUCAGGAACCUUAGAUAAGUCUCCUGAGGAAGUGCUUCCACCUGACUUAAAAAAAAGAAAAACCACCUCUCCUGAACUUAAUGUCCCAGAAGAGACAAGAAGUUUGCCCACCAGUGAGCAGGAAGCUUCAUCGCUUCUUCCAGAAAUCGAAAUGGAAGAUGCAGCUCAACCUAAGACAAUUAUGAGAGAUACUAAAAGGAUAUCAGCAGCUAUCAGUCCAGAACAGGCUUCCACUUUACAAAAAGAAAUCCCACAAAUGUACAUGGAUUCUUCAGGACUUGAAGAGGGUGGAACUAAGAAUUUGAUUACUAAAAAAAUGGAUCAGCUUGCAAACAAUUUGGCAGAGCUGGAAGGAGUUCCUGAAGCAGAAACUUUAGCCAAACUUUUGCUAGAGCCUAGCAAAGGCAUGGAAUUAUUAUCAGAUGAACAAAAACUUCAGUUACUAAAUCAGCUGAUACCUCCAGAUGGACUCCAGCAACUUGGUAAACCAGAAGAAGAGCAAACAGAACAGACAAGGCAGCUACUGUCAAAUGUAGUAUCAACUCUCCAGCUUCUACAGCAAGCACAUGUUCCUGAAGAUGGCUUAUCAGAGGAGGAAAUGAAUGAGAUGACAGAGAAAAGAAGAGCCUUACUUGCAAAUCUGGACACUAAUCUUAAGGUUCUUCAACCAGCAGAAGCUGUUAGACCAGGGCAACAAGACAUUGACAAUGAAAUUAACAUGCUGACAGAAAAAGGAAGCCAUUUGCGUGCAAACUUGGAAUCAAAUAUGAGAGAUUUGGAAGAAGCUCAAGCUCUCGCAGCUACCCAGCCAUCAGAAAUGAGUGAGAACAAAGUGAAGGAGUUACUACAACAAAGAGAACUGUUGACAGCAGAUUUAGAGCAGAAUAUGCAGGACCUGCAAACUACAAAAGCUCUUGCAGCUGUCUUGGAAGAAAAAGCUAAGCCUGAGAAGGGAAUUGAUGAACUCUCAAAAGAAAGAAAAGUUUUGCUUGCAAGUUUGAAAUCAAAUAUGAAGGAGUUAGAAGAAGCAGAAACUCUUGCUGCUGCCCAACCAGGAAGUGUGAGUGAUAAAAAGAUAAAGGAGCUUAAAGAACAAAGAAAGGUACUAGCUGCACAUCUAGAAGCAAAUCAACAGGAUCUGCAAAUGGCGCAAGCUUCUGCUCCAGAACCUGCUGAAGCAAGCAAACUUCAGAAGAAGGAAAUAGAUGAGCUCUCAAAAGAAAGAAAAGUUUUGCUUGCAAGUUUGAAAUCAAAUAUGAAGGAGUUAGAAGAAGCUGAAACUCUUGCCAGUACCCAACCAGGAAGUGUGAGUGAUAAAAAGAUAAAAGAGCUUAAAGAACAAAGAAAGGUGCUGGCUGCUCAUCUAGAAGCAAACCUGCAGGAUCUGCAAAUGGCGCAACCUUCUGCUUCAAGCAUUGUUGGAAAAAGUCAACUUCAGGAAAUGAAACGUUCUGCAUUAUCUGAGAAGAAAAAACUUUUGCAAGAAAAACUAGAAGCAAAUCUAAAAGAUCUACAAGAAGCAGAAACGCUUGCACCUCUCCAGUCAGACAGUGCGAAUGAGCAAAGACUUCAGGAACUUUCUGAGCUAAGACAACAUUUGACCAAAGAGCUAAAGGAUCUAGAGGAAAGUAUGCAUGAUAUGCAAGAAAUGGAGCUUCAGGCUUUACAAAGAACUUUAUUUCUAAUACCCAGUGAAAAGGGAUUAAAUGAAUUGUAUGAGCUAACUGAAAAGAAGCAACUGUUACUAGAGAAGUUGGCAUCUACUAAGAAAGAACUACAAGAAACUCAGGAACUUGCAGCUACUCAACCAGGGAGUGUUAGUGAGCAUAAGCUGCAGGAGUUAGCUGAGCAAAAAAGACACCUGACUGCAGAUCUUGAGGCAACUUUGGAUGGUAUACAAAAUGUAUAUCGUCGUGCUUCAGAAAGAACUGUGUUUGUACGACCUACUGAAAGAAAAGUAUAUGAACUAUCAGAGAAGAAACAAGAGUUAUUGGAAAUGUUGGAAUCUAAUCGGAAGCAGCUAGAAGCAGCUCAGGCUCUUGCCAUUGCUCAACCUGGCAGUAUCAGUGAUCAUAAGCUGCAAGAGCUAAUUGAACAAAGAAGAUGCUUAGCUGCAGAACUAGAUUCAACUGUGCAUGAGAUGCAAAAAGCACAGGAUAGUGCCUCAGAAGGAUUUGUAUUUACUGCUGAAAGGGAAUUAUAUGAGCUGUCUGCAAAGAAGCAAGAGUUACAGCAAAAGUUGGAAUCCAAUCAGAAGGAGCUACUAGAAGCUCAGGCUCUUGCAGUUGCUGAGCCAGGCAGUAUCAGUGAGACUAAACUACAGGAGCUAGCUAACCAAAAUGAACUCUUGACUAAAGAACUAGAGGAAACAGUAAAUGAUAUCGCAAAAGUAAAGCAUCGUGUUUCAGAAAGAGCAACUCUAGCUGGAAAAUCUCCUGAAAGGGAAUUAUAUGAGCUGUCUGCAAAGAAGCAAGAGUUACAGCAAAAGUUGGAAUCCAAUCAGAAGGAGCUACUAGAAGCUCAGGCUCUUGCAAUUGCUGAGCCAGGCAGUAUCAGUGAGACUAAACUACAGGAGCUAGCUGAGCAAAAAGAACUAUUGUCUAAAGAACUAGAGGAAACAGUAUGUGAUAUAGAAGAAGCAAAGGAUCGUGUUUCAGAAAGAGCAACUCUAGCUGGAAAACCUCCUGAUAUGGAAUUGCAACAACUACUGAUGAAGAAGGAAGGAUUAAAGGAAAAGUUGGAAUUGAACCAGAGAGAGUUGGAAGAAGCCCAAGCCCUUGCAGCUGCUGAACCUGGCAGUAUCAGUGAACAUAAACUGCAGCUGCUCACUGAGCAAAGAAAGCACUUGAUUGCAGAUCUAAGGGAAACUGUGCAUGAUGUUAAAAAAGCUGAACGUCGUGCUGCAGAAAGGACUCAGCAGGAACCACCUAUUGAAAUGGAAUUGUACAGUUUAUCAAUUAAGAAGGAAAUGUUGCAGGAAAUGUUGGAAGCCAACCAGAAAGAGCUAGAAGAAGCCCAGGCUCUUGCAGCUGCUGAACCAGGCAGUGUCAGUGAGCAUAAACUACAGGAGCUUGCUGAGCAAAGAAAAAAACUGACUGCAGAACUAAAAGCAACAGUAUACAAUAUUAAAAAAACACAACGCCGUGCUUCACAAAGAGCUGCACUUGAAGCACCUGCAGAAAGAGAAUUAUUUGAACUAGCUGUUAAGAAGCAGCUUUUACAGGCCAACUUGGAAUCCAAUUGGAAAGAGCUACAGGAAGCUCAGGCUCUUGCAGUUGCUGAACCAGGCAGUAUCAGCGAACAUAAACUACAGCAGCUCAUUGAGCAUAGAAGACACUUGACUGCAGAUCUAAAUGAAACUAUACAUGAUAUGCAAAAUGCUGAACGACGUGUUUCAGAAGGGGCUCAGCUGAAACCACUCCCUGAGAUUGAAUUGUAUGAACUGUCAGCAAAAAAGGAAUUGUUGCAGGAAAAGUUGGAAUCCAACCAGAAAGAGCUAGAAGCAGCCCAGGCUCUUGCAGCUGCUGAACCAGGCAGUGUUAAUGAGCAUAAAUUACAGGAGCUUGUUGAGCAAAGAAGAAAUUUGACUGCAGACCUAAAUGCAACAGUUUCAAGUAUACAAAAAGCACAGCGUCGUACCUCUGAAGCACUUCGAUUUGAACCACCUGUUGAAAAAGAAUUAUUUGAAUUAGCUGUUAAGAAGCAGCGUUUACAGGCCAACUUGGAAUCCAAUUGGAAAGAGCUACAGGAAGCUCAGACACUUGCAGCUACUGAACCAGGCAGUAUCAGUGAACAUAAACUACAGCAGCUCACUGAGGAAAGAAGACUCAUGACUCAAGAUCUAAAGGAAACUAUGAACAAUAUGCGAAAUGCUGAACGCCGUGCUUCAGAAAGGGCUCUGAUUGAAACACCCACUGGAAGGAAGUUCUAUGAUCUCUUGGAGAAGAAGCAACAGUUGCAGGCAGAUUUGGAAUCCAACUGGGAAAAGCUACAAGAAGCUGAGGCUCUUGUAGCUACCCAGCCAGGAAUUAUCAGUGAGCAUAAACUAGAGGAACUGACUGAAGAAAGAAAGCGUUUGACUAAAGAACUAGAUGCAACUGCAGAAGAUAUAUUGGAAGCCCAUCGCCAGGCUUCAGAAAAAGCUCUGUUUAGGAAACCUGCUGAAAAAGAGUUAUAUGCACUGUCAGAGAAGAAACAAAUGUUACUGCAAAAUUUGAAAGGCCUGCAGGAAGCUCAGGCUCUUGCAGCAACCCAAUCUGGCAUUGUUGGUGAGGAGAAACGGAAACAGCUUGCUGAGCAAAAACAACGUUUGGCUGCCGAUCUAGAGGCAACUAUGCAUGAUAUACAAAAGGCACAGCGUCAUGUUUCAGUGGCGCCUAUAACUGUGUCACUUAGUGAAAAUGAAUUAUAUGAACUAUCGGAGAAGAAAUCUCUGAUACUGGAAAGUUUGGCAUUCAAUCGGAAACAGCUACAGGAAGCUCAGGCGCUUGCUGCUCUGCAUCCAGGCACUGACAGUGACCAUAAAUUAGAAGAAUUAGCUCAAGAAAGAAAGCGUUUGACUGAAGAUCUAAGAGAAGCUGUGCAUAGUCUACAUGAAAUACAGCGGCGUUCUUCACAAAAAGGACAGAUUGAUUCUGCUGAAGAAGAAUUAGAAGAAUUGGCUAUGAAGAAGACACAGUUGCUGCAAAAGCUGGAAUCCAAUCAGAGACUACUAGAAGAAGCUGAAGUUCUUGAAGCUGCUCAGCCAGGCACAAUCAAUAAGCAUAAACUAAAGGAGGUAGCUGAGGAAAGAAAACGUUUGACUGCAGAACUAGAAGAAAUUCUACACAAGAUGGUACUAAAAGAUGUACAGCUUCAGGUUUCAAAACCACCUGAGAAGGAAUUAUAUAAACUGUCAGAGUGGAAGCAACAUUUAUUGGACAAUUUGGAAUCCAACCUGAAAGAGCUAGAAGAAGCUUGGGCUCUUGCAGCUACCCAACCAGGCCCUAGCAGUGAUAAUCUAUUAAAGAAGUUAAAUGAGGAAAGAAAGACUUUGAUUGAAAACCUGGAAAGAGUUGUGGAAGAUUCACAGAAAAUGAAAUCUCGUCUUUCUGAGACAGGUGGAGUAAUAAGACCCAUUGAAAGGGAUUUAAGUCAUCUUUUACAGAAGAAAAAACUGUUUUUGGAACGCUUGGACUCAAAUCUCAAAAACUGGCUAGAAGCACAAACACUUGCAGCUACUCAACCAAGCAGUAUCAAUGAGAAAAAAUUUCAACACCUCACUGAACAAAGAAGGCUUUUGGCUGCAGGCCUGGAAGCAAUUAUUCAAGAUAUACAAAAUAUACAGGAUACUGAUUCAGAAAAACAAAUGAAAGACAGAGAAAUGGCUUUGAAACAACUACAUGAAAAAAAGAAAGUGUUUUUGGAAAAUUUGAGAACAAAUUUUAGACAACUGCAAGAAGCCAGGGCUCUUGCAGCUGCCGAGCCAGGUGGUAUCAGUGAGCUAAAGGUACAAGAGCUCAUUCAGCAAAGAAGACUUUUGACUGCAGGUUUAGAUGCAAUUAUGCAAAGCAUGCAAGAGAUAGAAAAUCUUAUUGCAGGCAAUGUGAAGGUAGCAAAACCCAGUGAAAUUGAAUUUGACAAAAUAUAUGAGAAAAGAACAUUGCUUUUGGAAAACAUGGAAUUAAAUCUGCAAGAGCUGAAAGACCUUGCAAAAGGUGGUGUAAGUGAGAAGAAAAUACAGGCGAUAAGUGAGAAAAGAAACCGUUUGGUUUCUAGUUUUGAGGCAAUUCUUCAAAAUAUGGAAGAAGCACUUAGUUUACACCAAGGAGCAAGGACAAGACCUGAUGAGAGAAAUAUAAGUGAUCUCAUAGAACUUUCCAAUCUAGAAUCAAAAUUGGAUGAGAUGGAAAAUUUAGGAGUUUUUUCAGGCUUUCAACUGGAUACUAUAAGGAAAAAAAUGUGCAAACUAAAAGAACAAAAAAAGAAAUUGAUUAGUAAAUGGGAAAAAUAUUUUCUAAAAGAGUAUCCAGAAGGAUAUAUACCUGAACCCACAAAAAAAGACAAAACACCCAAAGAAUUAGCUAGAAAAGGUUUGUUCUCAUAUUUGCGAUCAAGUAUCAAAGAUCUGCAAGAACAAGGCAUUAUUCGGCAAGAUAGCAUGUCUGAGGUAGAAUUGGAUCAGCUAGCAAAAGAAGAAAGAAUUGUGGACAGAUAUUUUGAAGAAGUUCCAAUAGAAUUCCUGCCUUCAGAGGUUGCUGCUUUAAGUACACAAUAUGAGGAUGAGAAAUCAUUAAAACGAAGGGCUUUGGCUGCAAAAUUGGAGGCAAAUGUAAGAGAUCUUCAAUCUGCUCUUCAAGUAGAUAAACUAGAAAAACCUAAAUUUGAGAUACCAAAAAGCGUUUUACGGACAACAGGCAAACGGAGACUUAGUUCACUUGAGCCAUCAGAUCAGUUCGCAUUGAGACCACAACUUUCAGGGCUGCAGAUACACAUAAGUAAAGUACCUGUGGCUAACAGAAUCAAGCGUGAUAGCAAAACAGUAGAUGCAGGAUAUGAUACGACAGUCCAGGAGGAGCAAGACCAACUUCUAAAGAGGGACAUAGAACUGGCAUUAAAAGGACGGCUUCUGGAAGAAUUUCCAGAGAGCAAAGUAUCUUUGCCACAAUUGGAUAGUUCUUCUUACCUUCAUGCAAAUUCACACAGACUUGCUUUGGAGGCUGCAAUGCAAGAAAUAUUAGAGUUUAACAAGAAUUUACUUCCAAGCCAUAGAACAAAUCUGCAACAAGCAUUGCAUCUUGCAAGUUAUCAGUUACAACAAAAACAGCUACAACAACAACAUCAAGCCAAUGCGCUUGUUGACAAGUUCAGAAAUAUGCCAUUAUUUCCCCCACCACCACCUGGGACAGCUAGGUUCCAGGACUAUACUAUACCUGUUCAAAAAUCAGGGUGGGAAACAAACCAGUUACCACAAAAAGACUACUUCCAAAAGCUUGCAUUAUUAAAACGAAGGAUUUUGGGGCCAGAGAUGAAAGGGGGAGGUCCUUCAUCAGUCACUCAGGGAGACGUUCAAGAUCAAGUGGAGGACCCAAUUGUUAUUUCUGGAAAAGGAUGCAACCCCUACAGAAAAGAAACCACCUUCCCAGUCAUAAAGCAAAGUUCAAAACAUAAAUGACCUAAUUAUUGUGUUUUUAGAGACUGAGUCAGUGAUGCAGCCAUCUUAUAAAAUUCAUCUUUGCUGAACUGUGAAAAGGAAACAUGAAAACCUAUGCUGUUGUAUGAAUUUGUUCUGAGAACUUAAUUGUACUGGAACAGCAGUUAAAAUAUAUGAUACCUGAACCACCAA